GGCGGCUGCGGAGCCCACGGAUCCGGGCGGCUGAGCCUGCUGUAACGUAGACGGAUGACACAGCCCCUUUCCUGUCUCCCAUCUGCAGCGGGAGUGAGGAGAUGCCCAUGUUCACAAUGAGAAGGGUUACCCAGGCCCUGCCUCUACUGUGGUCGCCGCUUUGUUUUGGGAUGUCUUAGCACAGAUGGCUCUCUAAGGGUGACCAUGGCCACGAGGGUAGAGGUCAGCCCACUAGCGUCCCUAACGUCUGUUCCCAAUUUAAAUGAGAUCGCCAAGGAUGACAAACUGCAGACGACCUACUAUCACCCUGUCAGCAAGGCCCCAGCCUCUUCUCCAGUGAUGGUGUUGGCAGGGUCGAGGAAUCUUGGGACUCCAUCGAGAGCACUCCCUAUGCCUCGGCUUUCCCCCAGACCAUUUUCUAAGGAGAACCCUUUGGAUAUGUUUGCAAAUGUGAAAUCUCCCAUCACAUCCGUCAAGCCUGGCACUCUCACUACCAGGCCGCUCACAUAUAGCAAGUUUGAGGACUCAUCUGCUGCUAAGGCUUUGGAUGAAAACAUGCCUUCCUUGGUUGAACCAAUGAUGGAUGAGGGGGGAGGCCUGAGCCCAAAUGUAAUAAAGCCCUGUAAUAAACCCCUGCCCCAAACCAUGCACAGCCAAAACACCAUCAUUCUUUUUGAAACGGCUGGCCCUGCCAAGUCCAAGGCAGAUCCCAGCUCUGGAAAGUGGACGGGUAAGGAGCAAAAGGUAGACAGUGUGACCCAGCUCCAAGGACAGUUGCCCAGUUCCAAGACCGAGACUAUGGCCAAACCUGCAGUACCACCUCGGAAACCUGCAGGGACUCUCCAGAGGCAGGCGUCUUUGUCUUCUGACGAAAGGCCGGCUGUGUUGAAAUCUUGGGAGAAAGGGGAGGAAAAGGAGCCCCUGGCAUCCCCUGGCAUCAAGAAUGAAGGAGGCCACCCAUCCUCAGAGGCCUGGCCAAGGGCCAAGCGGAGGCCUGUCUCAGCUAUAUUCAUCGAGUCUCUCCAAAAUCCAAAGCCCAGCCCUUUAGAAACCCCCGGGGGGAAAGUGCCACCUCCUCCCCCAGAGAAAUCAUGGGUCCGGAAACCUCGGCCCUUGUCUGUGGAUCUCACGGCCAGGUUUGAAAAUAAGGACAUCCUCUCUAAGAAGGUUGGCAGUCCUGUGGAGAUGAGCAAGGAGAAAGGGCUGAGUGUGGGUUCCAGUGACAGAGGGAAUGGAGAAGAGAGGACAGAGCCAUUGGACAAGGCUACACCCUUGAAGCCUACGUUGAGAUUGAAGGAACAGGGUUUGAAUGUCCCAGACUUGAAAAACAAAGUUAGGGAACAGAGUCAGAAAAUUAUCUUUAGGUCGAUGGAGGCCUGUUCCUCUGAAACAUCUACAGACCUGGCCGAGUCCUCGGUCAGAAAAGGGUGGAGCCCCCUGGAAGAGAAGGCCAAACAGGAGAGGGACCCAGAUCACAAGGAGGUCGAGGGACCAGUUUCUUUGCUUAGAUCAGAAAAAAGUCCGGGACUUGCAGAGGGAAAAAACCGAGCAGCUGAGGGGAAUGGGAGGCUGACCGAAGGAGACAGCCCUGGAGGGGGAGAGUGGGUAUCAAGGGGGAGCGUCAAAAAGCGAGUCACUCUCUUUGGCUCAGAAAGCUUCUCGCCUCGGUCGAGCACUGAGGCUCCCGCUCCGGCUGCCGAGAAGGAGAGAGGCGGUGUGAAGGUCCAGGACCGAAUCAAAGAGUGGACGGUGGAGAGCCCCGAGGUGCUCCGUGAGAGCAGGAGGCGGUCCUUCCAGGCUAGGCCCCUGUCUGCUGACUUGACCAAAGUGUUCACAAGGCCAGCUUUGGAGAGUGAGUCAAGACUUGAGAAGGUCCUGGCACCGAGUGGUGAGCUUCCUCAAGAAAGCCUUCUCCAGGAAAAGAACAGAGAAGGGCACAUUUUGCUCAGAACGGAUUUGAAUGGAGCAUCUGCUGGGAGAAACCAGUGGAAGCCUGUGAAGCCCUGUGAGAAAACCGGACAGGGUGAACGGAAAUUGAGCUCCAGCAACGAGACAGAUAGCUCCCUCUUCCCAAAAGAGGAUUCCACCGUGGCGCCCCAUCGGCCUGAAGCCACCAUGGCUGAAGAUGAUGGAGACUUUCAGACUGUCUGGGCAACUGUGUUUCAAUCCAACGUGAUGAGGUACCGCAUGGCUGACCGUUCCUUCCUGACAUCCUCCAAUGAGACAGCCAGAAAAGGCAGCGAGGCACCUAGCCUAGAGGCAGAGAAAACAUCUUGGUUAGGGAAGGGGUUGGGGGACAAGGUGAAUGUCAGAACUGAGAAUUCAAAGUGGGCAGAGAAACCCUGGAGUAGCAUCCUGCCGGAUGAAGAAAAAAGUCCAAUUAAUGCCGCCCUAUUGGAAAAACAUCCCGGGGGCGAAAGAUGGAAUGUCUCCUCUGUGAAGCAAAUGGGAAAUAGUCGCGCUCACCAAAGAAGUGAGCCAAGAUAUGACAUCGUACAUAUGACUGGGGAAAGGAUCCUCAGUGAGGCUGUGGUGACAGCCCCCGAGGAACAGGCCUUGACCCUUAGAACUAACAAGCAGUGGUCUUCUCAGAAGCAGGGCUCUCGGAGUGAGGGUCUGAGCAUGAAGCAGCAGGGUAGGCUGGACAUGAAAAUGGCACCCUCCCAAGCCUCUAGUUCAGUUGGGGAAGCCCGAGAGAGCCUGGAAACAGCUACCUCUAAGUCUGAAUUCCAGGAACCCAAGAAUGUGUUGGGUGGGAGCUCCCUGCUGCCCAACAAAAUAGUUGAGAAGCCCUAUUUGGUAAACCAGGACAAGGCCCCUGGGAUCACAGGUGAUGAAAAAGCUUCUAGGUUCCCCCGGCAGAUUGCCAAGGAAAGGGAAAGUCCAACCCAUGUCUCUGAGACCGUGGUGGUCAGAGCAGCACAUAUAAGUCCUUAUAAUGUACAUCCGGGGGUCAGUUCAGUGGAAAUGAACAGGCUUGGCUCUCAAAGUCCAGUGGAAGGCAGGAGCCAGUUUCAUGAUUAUUUAGAUAGCUCUCAUCCCAGGGCCACAGCUAAAGAAGAAUCCUUUGACCUCAGAUCAGGAAAACACUUAGGUUCAAGGUCCAUGAGAAAAGAACCUUUAAUAACAGGUGAAGCAAGUGAAUGGAGCCAGUCCCCAACCCCAGAGCCGGAAGCCAAAGUCAGGAAGUCGGGUAGUGUAGAUCUGAAAGUGGCAGAAAGAUGGCGACGGAGGACGUUGCCUCAUGAUGUGAAGUUUGACGAAUUUGUCUCAUUUGCCCCAGAGCCGGCCAAGAGGCUUGGGAGACGAGCUGACUCUCUAUCCCCCAGUGACACCUACUUCAAAAAGAGUCGGCACACCCAAGACGGGCCAGAUUCGAAGGAGUCAAGUCGGAGUGUGCCACAGGAUGCAGCCCCAAAGCUAGAGUCGCCUCGGGAGCCCAGGGAGACCUAUUUUGCUGUGACAUAUCAGAUCCCUGGGGAUAAAAGAGACUAUAAUGUGGACAGUUCUGUUUAUGAAAAUAGGAAGGCCUCUUCACUUGACAGAGAUGAGCCAGUCAGUGUCCAUAAUUCUAGAAAACUCAGCUUUUUGUCUGAAUCAUCCCCAAACUCCAGGUUAGCUCCUUCAUACCCCAGAGACCCAUCAGAAAAUUUUGAUAGGAAAAAUUGGCAGGCCAAAGAGAGGGAACAGGAAAACCUCAGUUUUUCUAAGAGCCCAAAGCCCAGUGACCAGCCAGUUCUGCCUGGGGAGAGAAGGACGAGAUAUGCUGAUGGCAGAGUGAUCGAUGUGGAUGCUUUGUCAGUUAACCAAAGGUCAGGAAAUGUCAGCACCCCCAGUGACCCCAAAGAGGAUGGAGGCAAGAGGUCUUCCAGAACUUCUGAGCAUUGUAUAUAUUCAUCAAAGAACAGUGACCUCCCAACAAGAAGGAAGCAGGGUGAUGCCCAUGAGUCACUCAGGGCCAAAGCUGAAGACGGUUACAGGUCGAGUAUCCUUGACAUAGAUGCCCUCAUGGCUGAAUACAAAGAAGGCAGUGAGCCCAGGGACUGGAAGGAGGAAAGAGUACCUGCUAGCCAUGGUGGGUUUCAGUGGGAGAGGUCAGGCACCAGGAUUUCUGCAGAUCACCAGAGGUAUGACUGGAGGGGCCAGAAGGAGCCCCAGGAUCAUAUGGGUUUCAGGAAGUCAGUGAAUCUCCCUGGGCAGCAACACCACAGGCCGGAGGAAUCUGGCUCCAUGACGCCUUCUGGACCUGAAAUAAGCAAGGAAAAGACUGAGUCCUCCACUCAUGAACUGAGUAGACAGAAAGCUCCCAGCACCAGAUUCACCCCUCUGCUCUGGGGCAUGCCCCAGUCUGAUCUUUCUGAACAGUCACCUUCUGACUCCUGGAAGAAAAUACAGGCUGAGGAUGAGAAAAAGGAUGUGGCGUCUGCUAACAAGCCACAAAACACCAAAUGCAGGAGUUACAGGGCUGAGGCAAACACCACUUUACUUGAUAUUAAAAACAUAGAAGUAAGCUUGCCUCCCAAGACUUCCCCUGUUGCUCAUGAUGCCAUCUUAUUUGAGGAUGAAGUCUGGGCUCCCCGAAACUCUGUGGGGAAAAGGGAGAAGGUGGCCUCACUCCAUGGGAGAACUAAAGUCAGGAGAGGGGACUAUGAUUCAGACUUUGGAAACAUCAAGCGUACUUAUUCAGAAAAGACAGCCCCUGCUGCAGUUCGAGAGAAUCUGUCGCUCAUGCAGGAGGCCCGAGAACGAAGGAGAGAUCUGUUGAAAGCCCAGAAGAGUCUCCCAGGGGAAAAUCUCGAGAGCCCGGUGGUCUACAAGGAAUUCCCACACUGGGAAGCAAAAUCCAGUGAGGAUCAUAAGGUGCCACAGGACACUGAAAAAGAGAGAGUCCGGCCUGCUACCAAUAAAUCCCCCCUGAGAGGUUUCACUCCUACACCUGUCCCCAGGAGAAGUCACAGCUUCAGCAAAGACAAGAAAAUUGAGCCUUUUAUGGAUCAGCUCAAACAGUGUUUCGCAAGGCAGCCCCCGGAGGCCAAGGACACUGACACGCUGGUUCAGGAGAGCGAUAGCCAGUAUGGGACUUGGAAUGAUCCUCGGCAGAGUGGGGAGAGCUUUGCUCCCGAGUCUCCCUCUCCCGACAACGUCACCUCAGCCCGAAAACAGCCUCCCAGCAGCCGGCUUUCUUCCCUGUCAUCUCAGACGGAGCCUGCGUCCCCUGCGGACGCCGGUGACUCCUCCAGGGACCAGAGGAGCACGAGCUUGGACCGCUCCAGCACAGACUUGGAUUCAACCGAUGGGACGGAAGGAGCCCCUGCUUCAGACGCCGGCCCUGAGGGGAAGGUGGAUGACUUCUCCUUUAUCAAUCAAACCUCGAUCUUGGACUCCAGCGCCCUGAAGGCCCGUGCCCAGCUCAGUAAGAGGAAUCGGCGCCGGGCCCCCAUCUCCCACUCCCUCAGGAGAAGCCGGGUCAGCGAGGCUGAGAACCCGUUCUCAUUGGUGGAGGAGACUGACAGCGCUUGGAUGUUUAAGGAUUCCACAGAAGAGAAGUCGGUCAAGAGGGAGGAGUCGGAUGAAGAGGAGAAGCCGUCCAGGGCAGAGAGGACUCCGGUUAACCAACCCCAGCGGCUCCCCAUCUUCCCAGGGGUGGAUCCUUCUGUGCUCAAGGCUCAGCUUCGGAAGCGGAAUGAGUCAGACAGCCCCGGUGAAGGCCAGCUGUCCAAGUCUCCCAAAUCCCCCUUCCAGCCUGGAGGCCUGGGCAGUCGUGUGUUGCCCUCCAGUGUGGAGAAGGAGGAGAGGUCAGAAGAAGCGUCUCCACAGUGGCUGAAAGAUUUGAAAUCCAAGAAGCGGCAGAGCCAGUACGAGAAUCAAGCUUGAAAAGGUAAACGAGGAUGCUGAAGUCUCAUUAACAGAAGCCUUAAUUGUCCAAACCCGAAGACAGAAGUCCUGGGGCUCUUUGUUUCCUGCCGCCACGGUUAGGUGCCUGACGGGCCACGAAAGCUGCUUAAUGUUCCCAACCCCAGAAGGGAAGAAGCUCUUGGUUCCUAAAGGGAAGGAGAAUCACCGGGGAGGAGCUUGAAGCCAGAGCUGGUCCUCCUGAGAGUCUCCCCUGAUUGCCCUUCAGGGGUGGGGAGCACGUUUUCUCUGUUCUUUUGUUUUUUGGUUGGUCUUUUUUUUUCUAAGCAAAAACCCUCAUGUCCACUCACUUCAGAUAUCCCCAGCAGCCUCAGAGACAAAUGCCUCCCUUGCACAUCUGCCCGGGAUGGGGUGUGAGCAGACUGGCACUGUCUCACUGGUCUCUGGACCUAUCUGAAUUGUAAUCGUGCCCAUUCUCUCCUCACCGUGCCGUAAUCCCUGCUGGAAAAAAAAAUCGUUUCCACAGGGCAUGAAAGCCCAAUGGGCUUCCUGCCAUGCCCGCGGCCCACAGGGUACACUGCUGAUUCUGUAAUAUAGUGGUUUUUGAUCAAUACUUCCACUGGUUUCUUACCCUCAGCGAUUUGUAGGCCUGAUUGUAAAAUGCACCGAUGAAUGGAGGUCUAGCCUGGCCACGGGAUGUGUCCACGUCAGCGGUGCUGGACCAACCGCUUCAUUGGAAUGCUAUUUUCUGGUCUUUAGAGGGAGGGGGAGGGGGACCAAGCAAUAAUUCCGUUGAUUCUCAUACCUAUCUGACGUGUAGAUGGAGGCAUGUGUGAUGUAUGGAGUUGGUCUCAUGUCUUCAAACAUCUCAGGUUACUCCCACCCAGUUAUUUUGGUCAUUGUCUUUGUAAAUACCAGUGUCUUUUUCUUCCUUCCCUUCUGAUCUGAUUUUGGUGGGUUAACCGAUCUCCCUGGGGUCUCUAGGCUUCUCUAGGCUGUUCUGCUGCCCAGAACCACAGCCAUAUGGGCCCCAGGUUAGCAAGUGGGAUGAACCUUGGCUGGCUGGUAUUCUCUCUUUCUGGAGCCAUUUCCAUUGUCAGCAUCUCCAGGUUCCAUAUGCAGUUGCAUUUUUCAUUUCUUAUCUAUCCUGCCCAGUUUUUUGUUGUUCUACCCUAAAAAAGUGCUCUUUUCAAAAAAUAAACCCAAAUAUAGAGAAGAACGGACUCCCUGAGAUUCUCACCCUGUCCGAGGACUAGAGCUGAGGGAGGGAUGGAGAGACUGGUCUAAGAGGUUGCGGUUUCACUUUGUCCACUCCUUUUCCAAAGCAAAAAUGUCCAUGAACUGCUCUCCUCUACAAUCUCUAGGGAUACUGGGUUCCCCCCAAACAUCUGCCUUUUGGGUAUGUAAGCUUUCCCUAAUAGCCCCCCGGACCCUGGCAUCCCCUCCUACCUGACACCCAAUAUCCCAGCUAACCCACGGGGACUGCCUGUACACACAGCCAUUUAGUGGGCCAUAAGCAGCCACAAACUUUGUGCCAACCCCAUUUAAAAGAAACCAUGAAGAGGCAAAUGCCAGCAGCUUGCACAGCCACAGAGCAUCGUGGGGCCGAAGUCUUCUGAGAUGUAAUGGAGUACAAUACAUUCUUUGGCCCCACCCCAGGAAUGAGAGUGGACUCUCAACCUCCGUAUGGAUAACUUGAACAUACACAUCUCUGCCUUGUGUGAUGGGAGGAAGACAAAAGGUGCCAGGAAGUCUGUAUUUCUCCCAUCCCCUUGAGUUCAUGGUCAUUGAACUCCCAGCAAUGGAUUCCUGGUGAAACCUUCCCCCGCCUUCCUCUCCCUCCUUUCCAGUUGAAGAAUAUUGAUGCUCUAGAUUUCCAGGCAAGGACAAGGAUGUGGGAUGAGAUCAUUCUAUUUAACCCGUCUGCUGGACCCCGUUAAGAGAUACUGUUGACUUUUCUUCCACAUUCGGUUGUGUCUGAACCCUACAUUAUGCAUUUGCUUUAUGGAGGCCAGUGUUCUUUUCACACUUACUUUGGUGUUUGCCCAACAACCAACUGCUCCGUUGCCAGUUAGUGUAUAUUUAAUGGGGGCUGUCCCCCAAGGGACCUCAUGUUGGAGAUGACCUCUCCAUGGAGAGCACAGCUCUGAGGAUCCUAUAAUAGCUGUGUACAGGUAACUCCCAUGUUUCAGAAGUAAGUGCAUUCAGAGAAAGGUGUCUGUUUAGUAAGGAGUCCUUCCCCCCCCCACACACACAUCCCCCCUCCAGCUAUGUGUUCAUUUUAAGUCCUAAUUUGUAUCUUUCCUCAUGCAGCAAUGUAGAAAUAGUCAGCCCUGGAGGGCUUUUCCAGUCAACAGUCUCAUUAAAUGGCUCCCACAUUAGCUCCUCAGAGAAUUCUCUCCAUUAGCUGCUGUGUUUACAUUUCCAGUUUGAGAUGAGAUCAAGGGGCACUUGGCUGCACUGAACCCACAUUGGGAUGUGGCUCUCGGUGUUUGGUCAGUGUGAUGACAUCCACUGGACAGUAUUUUAAUUGGGAGUAAGAAAUGUCGCUCAUUCCAAACCUCACAGACCUGCAGAGUGAGUUUCACGUCCAGGAAGAAAAGCUCCAAUUCCUUCUUGGGAUUCACCAUCCAAAUUCAUGGCAAAAGAACUGUCCUUUGGGACUUUACCUCGAAAGUCCCUCGUUUUGAAAACUUCUGGUUUUCAGCCAUUUCCCUAAUGCUGCUAAAAAGAGACCAUUGCUCAUGGCUAUGAGAUACACCCCUCUGCUUUAAUGUUUGGCCUUUGCCGAUGCAGCAGCGAGGGUGCUUAGAAAGCCCUCAACAGCCCAGCGACUGGUCCAAUUCUGAUUUAGCUAGGACAUAACUAACUUUGGCUUACCUCUCUGUCAAAAUGGGCCUUGGGCAUCAGGGCUAGACUGGGAGCUGUCUCCAUGACUUCCUAGGCAUAUCCGCUAGUUUUAUCUCCAGGCAUGGGCCCUGUUUGGAAGUUUGGCUUUUGUGUAGAAUGGAAGCUUGAAUGCUUUAAAAGGUUUCAGUCAUUUUAAAGGCAAUUUAGCUGUUUUCCUCUUGAUUAAUACCUCCAUGGUAUUCAGUGACUCUUCCAGAAGCCAUAUUGAGAAUGUGAAAUCACUUUCACCUGCAAGCUUUCUGUUCCAGUCUUUCUUCCAUCUUUUGGCAACAGCCAACUAGUGGGAGCUGUUGGUCCCAAUGGACAAGAGAUCUUUGUCCUUUACAGUUGUCUGCCAUCUAAACUUUGGGACUCUGGCCUGGGAAACCCCAAUGGGAAUCUCGAACCCUGCAAUAAUAUGGGUCCCAAUUGGGACUCUAUGGUUUCCCGAGAAAUUCUGCCAAAACAGAAACCUCAUGUUGCAGGCAUGAAAUUUAGUUUAUUUUGAGCCCAAGAGCCCAGGUUGUUAAUUGCCUGGUGAAACAGCCAUCAACUUGGGAUGAUUUCCAAGCCCCAAAGACCAUGAUACCUGGUUUUUUGUAGCAAUCCCACUCAUCCUUCAUGUGGUCUCCAUGAAUGUCAUCUUUCUGCUAUGUCGUUAGAGAGAGAGAGAGAGUGUGUGAGUGAGAGAGUGUAGAGGCCAAGCUAUUGGACUCUGAGGUCCCUAAACAUAAUCAGUUGAGCAAGCGAUUCCAAGAAGCCCUAGAAAGAAAUUGUCUGGAAGAAACCCCAGCUCUCCAAACCAGCUACUGGCUGCCUUAUCGAUUGAUGUUUUUAAUCUUUUAGCAGAGGCUCUCUGGUGCAUAAUUACAAAUAUGCAGAUCCUUAAGUGUGCAAUAGAUAACCCCAGAAACUCCUCGAUUGGGGCCCAGGGAGAGGAGGGAAAACAUGACUAAAUUCUGACCUAAAUGUUUUCAUCAAGGACUCCUCAGGCCACGUCUCUUCUGCCUCUUGGAUUUUGGGAAAUGAGUCCCUAGUGAAAGUAAAGACAUGAAUAGAAUGACCCUCUCCACCCCAAAUGCUUCCAGUGGCUCAGCCCAAGAGCAGGCAAGCCCAUUGGUUGGGUCACUGGCUCUUUAAAAUUUUGUUUGGUUUUUUCCAAUGUGUGAUUUGGAGGAACAGCAGCAAGAUACCAAAUCUAUCUCUUAACUAUUUGGGGAUCAUCCCUUUAAAAAUUGACCAAGCUUAAAUGGGAGGGGAGGUUGGGGUAAAGAAGAGAAGUCACCCCAAAGUAUCUCAAUGUGCCUUUUUCUUUAUACUCCACAGCUAAAAAUCCCCAUGGUAUGUGUGGCUGGACCAUAAUGUCAGGAGAACAGCAUUGGAGAAUGGCUAGAAAUGAGAGGUCCAGGAGGGAUCCAAGUGUAGCUUUCUGGUGUUCUCAGCAUGAAGGUGGGGAGGGGCCCAACCCCCAAUCUUCCCUAGGCGGUGGGCAUCUAUCCUUAACUGGCUGGCAGUUAAUGGCUCCCAAUGAAUGAGGUGGGUGGUCCUGUGCCAAGAAAGGUGAUGCCCAAGUCUGAACGGGACCAGUGCUCUGGGCAGGCAAACCCAGUACCUGCCAAAUGGUUGUUGGGGUAUGCCCAUUACUAAGGGAGGAGUCAUUCCAUCCAAGAAGAAGAGACUGUGAACAAGUCCAUGUUUGGACCCAAGACGUUGAUUUCUGAGCACAGCUCUGGUGUUGACCUGUGGAGCAGGAGAUGAAGGCUGGUGGGGAUAUUCCAGUGCUAAACUCAGGAAAUGGAGUAGAGGAGAUUUCUAGAAUGUUAGUUCUUAAAAGGAGAAAAAGGCCAGGGCUCCAAAGAGAUGCUCCUCCCAUCUCCCCUCUCUUUCCCCUUCCCCAAAGCACUUGGGAGAUCAUUUCUGGAAUGCACACUCCAAAUUCUUGGAAAUGGGAAUUAACCCAGUUUCCUAUGGGGGAGAUGGGGGUGAGGAGGAAGGAGGAAGAGAGCAGCGGUCCCUGAUUUCAGCAGCCUGUGCUCUCCCUGCCAGCUGUGUCCCAGCAUAUUAGAGUGACUGUACAGAGCAUCUGUUCUUUUUUGAUAAUCUCAUUCCAGAUAGCCUUAUAGUCCCUGUAAAUAUGGAGCACCCAAAAUUAAUAUAUUGUGUUAGAGAAAAUAUUUUGUAUCACAUUUCUUUGCUAAGUAAUGCCACUCUCCUCAGUAACCCAUCCUUGUAUGAAUAUGACUCCCCAGAAUGCUUUGUCAGGUUUUUAAAAAUAUAUAUAUAUAUAUAUAUAUUAUAUUUUCUAAUAUUUCUGCCGUGAUCAUUCCUCAGAGAUUUAGGCAGUGACAGCAGAUGGAAAUUGAGUUCUGCUCGAAAAACAAUUCCAUUGUCCCAGCACCCUUGCUUUUUAUAGUUGCCUUAUGGGCAAGCAGGCUAGCUCUGUGAACUCUGAACCAAUCGAAUCCAACUCACGGGCACUUUAGAUAUUCUAGAAAGGACCCCCAGUCAGGUUAUAGAGAACACAUCAGUACACAAAGGCCUAUAUUUUUAAUGUCAAAUGAAAAGAGUCUAUCUUUACUUCGGGAUGCUAGCAGUUUUUUUUCCAGGAGUUCCUUUGCCCUACAAAGUAUUGGAUGUAAAGAAGUCCUUUUAUAUUUUACCACAGAAGAAUUUCCUAUUCAUAGAAAAGAAAGCUGUUUUGAAAAUGUGAUCCAGGACUGCAAUAAAGAGAUGAGCUAAAGAAAUGAGGGCCUCAUCCUGUGGGUCUUUGCAUGUAUAAAAAAUGUUGCAUUUGAACUAUGAACAUAGAAAAUAAAGCUUUGAAGCCAGUUGUAUUUAA